AUGGCAUCCAACGCCGCAGAUGAAGAGAGCCCCCGGCGCGCCGCCUCACCAACCGCUUCUCCCACGCCUUCGACGACCUCUACAUCCAGGACGUCCUUGCUCGAUUCCGAGCGCCAUCAACGUCGAGAUGACAACUACGAUGAUGGCGGCGACGACGACGACGGCACGCGCUCAGACUCCUCCUCCCGCCCUCGCGUCGCAUGGCUCUCGUCUCACCACCAGACGCUCGAAGCCCAGCUCUACACCUCACACCUCCUCUCGACCGCCAACUCGCGUCUCUUCGAGUUCGGCGCCGUGCUCUUCCUCGCCGCCCUCUACCCGCGCACCCUCCUCCCCAUGUCCAUCUACGCCCUCGCCCGCAGCGCCGCCGCCAUCCUCCUCGCCCACCCCGUCGGCGCGUGCAUCGACCGCCGCGGCCGCCUCGCCGUCGUGCGCGCAAGCAUCGUCGCCCAGCGCGUUGCCGUGGCCGCGAGCUGCGGCGUGCUGUGGGCGAUGCACGCGGCGCUGGAGGGCGGUGCUGUCACUGCUGCCGCUGUUGGUGAGGGCGGCUCCUAUGGAAUGAAGCUGAGGCUCAGCGGGAGGAGCGUCGACGCGCUCUUUGGCGUGCUGUGCGUGCUGGCCUGCGUCGAGAAGCUGGCCGCCAUGGCGAACCUCGUGGCCGUGGAGCGUGAUUGGGUCGUCGUCAUGACCGAGGGGGAUGAGAACUGGCGACGAGUCGUCAACGCCCGCAUGCGCCGCAUCGACCUCUUCUGCAAGCUCCUUGGACCCCUCUUCAUCUCCCUCGUCACAGCCGCGUCCACGCUGAUUGCGAUAUGGACCGUCCUCGGCAUGAACGUCGCCUCCGUGCUCGUCGAGUAUAUUUGCAUCGCGCGUGUCUACAAGAGCGUUCCCGCCCUCCAGCGGCCACCCCCUGGAGCCGCUACAGCAUCCUCGUCAUCUGAACCCACCCACUCGUCUCUAUCGUCUCUCGCCAGCCGCAUCCUCCCCAUCUCUUCGCUGCCCUUCUACUUCCGCCACCCGGCCUUCCUGCCGUCCUUCUCCCUCGCGCUGCUCUACCUCACCGUGCUAUCUUUUUCCGGGCAGAUGGUCACGUUCCUGCUUUCCAUCGGGUACACGCCGCUGCACGUCGGCCUCGCGCGCACGGGUAGCACCGUCGUCGAGCUGAGCGCCACGUGGGUGUCGCCUUGGCUGAUGCGCCGCAUCGGGCCCGUCCGCGGCGGCAUCUGGAGCCUCAGCUGCCAGAUGAUCUUUCUCGCCGCGGGGCUGAGCUGGUUCCUCGCCGAGUUUGAGGGCGAGCCGGCGCGCAGGCUGGCGUCGGCGACGGGCUUGGCUGUGUGCGUCGCGUUCAGCAGGCUCGGGCUCUGGGGGUACGACCUGUGCGCCCAGGCGAUUGUCCAAGAUGAGGUGGAAGCAGAGUUCCGCGGCACGUUUUCGACCGUCGAGGCCGCGCUCCAGAACUUCUUUGAGCUGCUGUCGUUUGCCACGACGAUUGCCUUUUCACGGCCGGACCAGUUCCGCUGGCCCGUCGUCAUCAGCACGACGGCCGUGUACAUUGCGGGCGGCCUGUACGCGUGCUUUGUGCGGCUACGUCGCGGGCACCUCUUCCACGCUCCGCCGUGCAUCAGGGGCAAGGCAGAGCGGCCGGCGGACUAUCUCGUCGACGAAGACAUCCCUUGA